CGCUGUGCCGUAGGAACAAAGGCUGCUGCAGCUGCAGGAGAAAGCGGCAGGGAAUUGCUGCUGUGUGCAAAAUACAACUGGACCUGUUUGGGUACAUCUGCAAAAAUCCACCAGGAACAAGGACUGGGAAGCGCUGAGAUAAAUGCCAUUCGCCUUGUCUUGUUUGCCCACGCCAUGGCCGCUGCCCCUCACCUCAACUCCGAUGCCCUUCGAGAAGUCCUGGAAUGCCCCAUUUGCAUGGAGUGCUUUACUGAGGAACACCUGAGGCCAAAGCUCCUGCACUGCGGGCACACCAUCUGCAAGCAGUGCCUAGAGAAGCUGCUGGCCAACAGCAUCAACGGGAUACGCUGCCCCUUCUGCAGCAAGAUCACGAGGAUCACAAGCUUGGCCCAGCUGACCGACAACCUGACCGUGCUGAAGAUCAUAGACACGGCGGGGCUCAGCGAGACGGUCGGCCUUCUGAUGUGCAAGGCCUGUGGCCGGCGGCUCCCCAAGCACUUCUGCAAGAGCUGCAGGUGGGUCUUGUGCGAGCCGUGCAAAGAGGCUGACCACACGCAACGGGGGCACGGGGUGGUGGCCAUCAAAGAGGCAGCCGAUGAAAGGAGGAGAGAGUUUGGGGCCAGGCUCGGGCGGCUGCGGGAGUUGAUGGGAGACCUUCAGAAAAGGAAGGUGUCCUUGGAAGGGGUUUCAAAAGACUUGCAAGCCAGGUACAAAGGAGUUCUGCAGGACUACAGCAAAGAGGAGCGCAAGAUCCAGGAGGAGCUAGCCAGAUCCCGCAAGUUUUUCACCAGCUCCCUCUCGGAAGUGGAGAAAGUGAAUAACCAGAUCAUGGAAGAGCAAGCCUACCUGCUAAACAUCGCGGAAGUACAGAUAGUGUCACGAUGUGACUACUUCCUUGCUAAAAUUAAACAGGGGGACAUAGCCCUCCUAGAGGAAGAGGGUGAGGAGGAGGAGCCCGAACUGAUGAACAGCCUUCCAAAAGAAUUGACUCUGCAAGAGGUGGAGCUUCUCAAGGUGGGCCAUGUUGGACCGCUGCAAAUUGGGCAGGUGGUGAAAAAGCCUCGGAGCAUCAACGUGGAGGAAUCGCUGAUGGAGACGGCAGCGUCGGCCUCGGUGUCCUUUCGGGAGGCGGAUCCGGUCCCAGAAGAAGCCACCUCAUUGCCAAAUUGUUCUUCCCCAGUCAAGCCAAGGAUAACAGAGGCAGCUGCCAGUAUACAGCAGUGUCACUUCCUCAAAAAGAUGGGCUCCAAAGGUAGCACGCCCGGGAUGUUUAAUCUCCCCGUGAGCCUGCACGUUACCCCACAAGGGGAGGUGUUGGUGGCUGAUCGUGGCAACUUUCGAAUCCAAGUCUUCACCCGCAAGGGCUUCCUGAAAGAGAUCCGCCGAAGUCCCAGCGGCAUCGAUAGCUUCGUGCUUAGCUUCCUCGGGGCUGACCUGCCCAACCUGACCCCCUUGUCCGUCACCAUGAACUGCCACGGGCUAAUUGGGGUGACGGACAGUUACGACAAUUCCGUGAAGGUGUACACGAUGGACGGACACUGCAUAGCCUGCCACAGGAGUCAGCUGAGCAAGCCGUGGGGUAUCACAGCUCUCCCUUCGGGACAAUUUGUGGUGACGGAUGUGGAAGGGGGAAAGCUUUGGUGUUUUACAGUGGACCGUUGUGUCGGGAUAGUGAAAUACAGCUGCCUGUGUAGCGCAGUCCGCCCCAAGUUUGUCACUUGUGACAGUGAAGGGACUAUUUACUUCACCCAGGGGCUGGGUCUGAACCUUGAAAAUCGCCAGCAUGAGCACCACCUGGAGGGAGGGUUUUCUAUUGGUUCUGUCGGCCCAGACGGGCAGCUGGGGCGGCAAAUCAGCCACUUCUUCUCGGAAAACGAGGACUUCCGAUGCAUUGCUGGGAUGUGCGUGGAUGCCCGGGGGGACCUGAUUGUUGCGGACAGCAGCCGUAAAGAAAUCCUGCAUUUCCCCAAAGGAGGGGGCUAUAACAUCCUAAUCCGAGAAGGACUCACUUGCCCCGUCGGCAUCGCCAUCACACCCAAGGGGCAGCUGCUGGUUCUGGACUGUUGGGAUCACUGCAUUAAGAUCUACAGCUACCACUUGAGGAGGUAUUCCACUCCAUAGGAGAAGGCCUUGUCCCCGUUUCCAGAUUCUUGUGGGAUCUCUCAGCAGGCAGGCUGAUAACAGUGCCAUAUUUCCAAACAGACUGUGCCGCCGUGGCUGUCGUAUUUUGUGUGUGCUUAGAAGAAACAGUAGAGUGUGUGUGUGUGCCCCUGCCCAGUGCAAGUCUUUGUAAGUGAAGAAUGCUGUUGAAGGGGGUGGGGAAGCGCUACACAAGCAGACAUCCUUCUGAACCCCACCAGACCCUCAUCCUCCUUCCACCACUGCAUGUUGAUUCUGCAAUAAGUGCUCAAGGACUGGUUCCUUCCUUACAAGGCUCCAUUGCCUAGCCGCCUCAUUGUGGCUGUCGGUAGCGCUGUCACACAGUCCAUCCAACCCUCACAAUUUUCUGAUUAUACUGUUGUAGCCAAUCCCGUCACAAGAGGACUUCCGUACAACUGCAGCUUAGAAGCAAACACAAAACCAUCCCGUCCCCUUCAAGUAGUGAACUCGGUCCAUUUUGUUUGACGUGAAGUACCCCUGCUGCAGCCGAGGAAAAAUGAAGCAGAGAACUGCCCUCCUGGUAGCAGAAGAGUAUUUUUUCCCCCAGUGAUGACUUGGGGCAUAUAUUGCAACUAGGCUGGGAAAGACAUGAAAGGGUUGCUGGGUGGGAAAGAAAGCCCUACGCAGGGUGGAAUCGAUUGGGUUUUGUUUGUUAUUUGCAACUGUGUUGUCUCUUGUCUGGAAAAUGUCUUGAAAGGUCAUGUUUCUAGUUGAUGCUCCGCCAGGGGAGGGAGAAAUUGGAGUAAACAAGCUGAAAUGUGACAAAU